ACCUGGCCUCCCCUGUGCCCCGCUGGUUCUGCGAGUGGUCCCUGCUGGCACGGAGCGCGCUGAGGCGGCUACUCGGCGGAGAGGAGUCGGAACCUUCAAAAGGAAACUGAGAGCAAACCAGCCCGGCAGGCGCUUCCCUGAGCCCGUGGUCACGGAACUGGCAGGACUGAGCGGGGCCGGGGCUGAGGGCGGCUGGGGCCUCUGCACCCGCUGCUGGUGGCUCCCUGUCUAGUGACUCCCGAGGCUGGCAGGGAAGUGGAGACAGAAGCAGUGCGCUGGAGCCAGGGGCUGGGGACACAAGGGGUGUCUGGCUACAUGGGGACGGGUCUGUGGCCAGGGAGGAUCGGAUUAGCUUCCACCCCCUUACCCCUCUUCUAGGGGCUUCCAGAAUGGGAGUUUUGUAGCCCUCACCCCCAGACUGGGGGUGGGGGGCCAGGACGAGGGGUUGCUUCUCCAGGCGGCCAGAAGCUGGGCAGCCCUUCCUGGUGACUUCUCACUCCUUGAUUGUUACAGCCCAGUGAAGACACUUUCAGAGCCCACCAUCCUCCCGCUCCCCCCCGCCCCGCCCCCGCCCCGCCACUGCCCAUCAGUGGGUGGUUUGCCUUUUGAAGGCCCCGAAACUCUCAAGCCUCUCAGAUCUGUAGUUGGACACGCAGGGGGUUUCCAGCACCUGCGGUGAGACCUUUCAGUUCCUAGCUAAAUGCACGGAUGAGAUGGUAUGGUUACAUGGAAAAUCCCCCCACCCAAAAAAAGAAAAAUAGCAACCCUGUAGAACAGAGUAGGAGCCCUGGUGGUGCAGUGGUUAAGAGCUACAGCAAGCUAUGGCUGCUAACCAAGAGGUCGGCAGUUCAAAUCCACCAGGCGCUCCUUGGAAACUAUGAGGCAGUUCUACUCUGUCCUAUGGGGUCGCUAUGAGUCAGAAUUGACUGGAAAGCAAUGGGUUUAGAACAGAGUAGGAAUACCCCAUAGGGUUUUCAAGGAGUACCUGGUGGAUUUGAACCGCUGACCUUUUGGUUAGCAGCAGAGCUCUUAACCACUAAGCCACCAGGGCUCCAGUUACAUGGAGGAGAUUGGAAACUCUAAGUGCUUCCAGAGUCUGCAAGAGCCACAGGACCCCCACUUGGGCUGGGGGUCAGACCUUCGUCUUCUGUGGUCAGCACUGAUGGGACAUGGGCGGGGGGCAGGGAUGGGCAGUGUGGGGGCAGGUUCAGGACACCCUGAGUUGCUGGUCCCUGUACUGCCUAGUGACUUGCCUUCAGAGGUGGGGAAAGUAUCCAAGGGCAGGAGAGGGCCUGAGCCCUGAUGACCCCUGCUUUCUCACAGUGAUGGCUUCGGACCCCUCCUUGCCUCACGUGGAUCAGUUUCAGGUGGUGUGGCCCUGGCGCCUGCCAACAGCCCGUGCCCGCCGGGCCCUGCCCUCCCGCUGGAGCCUGUAUCCUGAUAGCGUGAGCUACAUCCUUGGGGCCGGAGGGCACAACUUCACCCUGCAUCUGCGGAAGAACAGGGAACUGCUGGGCUCAGGCUACACGGAGACCUACACGGCUGCCAACGGCUCUGAUGUGGUAGAGCAGCUUCAAGGGCAGGAUCACUGCCUCUACCAGGGACACGUGGAGGGGCACCAGGGCUCAGCCGCCAGCCUCAGCACCUGUGAGGGCCUCAGGGGCUUUUUCCGAGCGGGCUCGGUGGUCCACCUGAUCGAGCCCCUGGACGGCGCUGAGGAGGGCCGUCAUGCCCUGUACCAGGCGCAGCACUUGCAGCAGAAACGUGGCACCUGUGGGGUUAGCAACGCAAGCCUGGAGCAUAUCCUGGGGCCCCGGAUUGCAGCAGCCUUCAGGCCCCGCCAUCGGCCUCUGUCCCAAGAGCCCCGGCACGUGGAGCUGUAUGUGGUCACAGACAGCACUGAGUUUCAGAAGCUCAGGAGCCGAGAGGCUGUGCGAAGGCGGGUGCUGGAGGUGGUGAACCACGUGGACAAGCUAUACCAGGAGCUCGGCCUCCGAGUGGCGUUGGUGGGCCUGGAGAUGUGGAGCAAAGACAAGAUUGACAUCAGCCCCCAGGCUGAUGACACGCUGGAGAACUUCCUGGACUGGCGGACUAAGGAGCUGAUGGGGCGGCAUGCCCACGACAAUGCACAGCUCAUCACGGGAGUCGACUUCUCUGGCACCACUGUGGGCCUGGCCAAGGUGGGCUCCAUGUGCUCCCGAAGCUCGGCAGCUGUGAACCAGGACCACAGCCAGAACCCCAUUGGCGUGGCAUCCACCAUGGCCCACGAGAUGGGCCACAACCUGGGCAUGGACCAUGAUGAGAACAUCCAAGGCUGCCACUGCCCAGUGCCACAGGACAGCGGUGGCUGCGUGAUGGCAGCCAGCAUUGGCCUCAAGUUCCCCAGAAUGUUCAGCCAAUGCAGCCGUGCAGACCUUGAGACAUUUGUGGAAAAUCCCCAGACAGACUGCUUGCGGGGCGCUCUGGACCCUGGCCGGCUGGUCAGCGACCCCGUGUGUGGGAACAAGUUCGUGGAGCGCGGGGAGCAGUGUGACUGCGGCUCGACCCAGGAGUGCCGGGACCCCUGCUGUAAUGCCACUUACUGCCAGCUGACUGAGGGGGCUGCGUGUGCCCAGGGAGCCUGUUGUCACAAGUGCCAGGUGAAGCCAGCUGGCGAGCUGUGCCGUGCUCCCAAGGAUGUGUGUGAUCUUGGGGAGUACUGUGAUGGCCAGCAGCCCGAGUGCCCAGAGGAUGUCUUCCAGGAGAAUGGCACGCCCUGCCUGGGGGGCUACUGCCACAAUGGGGCCUGCCCCACACUGAACCAGCGAUGCAACGACCUGUGGGGGCCAGGUACACGAGCCGCUGCAGAGACCUGCUUCUCCUAUAGCCUCUUGCAGCGCUGCCAGGGCUCGAGCCUCAGCCGGGCUGACCCAUGUGGCAUCCUGUACUGCCAAGGGGGGCAGAAGCCCCCACAGCGGACCUCCUGUGCUAUCACCCACUCCUUUGACCACUGCCAGGCGCUUGUCACGGAAGAUGGUCGUGCCUACGAGACUGUGCCAGUGGGCACCAGGUGUGGUGAGGGCAAGGUUUGCUGGGAAGGACGCUGCCAGGGUCUUCACGUUUACAGAUACGAAAACUGCUCCGCCAAGUGCAAUGGCCAUGGGGUAUGCAGCCACAAGAGUGAAUGCCACUGCUACCCAGGCUGGGCCCCACCCUACUGUGCCAAACCUGUGUCCGCCAUGCAUGGAGCGUCUGGGAGCCUGCCCACGGGAGUCCUGGUGAGUGUGGUGCUGCUGGUGGUCAUGUUGCUCAUUCUGGUAGGCGUGGCCUUCUACCUCAAGCCCUGGGACCGCCACCGCAAGAGGAAUGCAGCCCCCAAGACCUCCAUGGGGCUCACAAACCCCCUGUUCCGUGAGGGGGGCGGUGGCGGUGCCCUAGGGAAGAGCAGUGCUGCCGCCCCCACCGCCGGCUCCCCCGAGGCAGUCUUGACCACCUACUCCCGCCAGCCCCCCAGGCCUCCGGCGUCCAGGGAGACCCCUAAGCGGCCACCCCCGGUUCCCCCUGCCACCAGGUCCAGCCCACCCUUCCCGGUUCCCAUGUACACGCCACAGGUGCUUGAGCAGCUCAGGCCUGCCCCACCCAACAAGCCCCUCCCAGAGCUGAAGGCCACGCAGGUCAUCAGGCCAACUGUUGCACCCCCGAUGCCACCCACCAAACCCAAUGCUGGAGGGCCCACUCCUUCCCAGGCCAUCAAGCCAACCACUGUACCCCCAGCACCACCCACCAAGCUCAAGUCUGCUCCUACUCAGGCGGUUGGCACAAAGAUUGCUCUGAAGCCCCUUGUCCAGAGGAGGUGACCGGGCCAGGAGUUCCCGAAGCACUGUGGGGGGCAUCUGUGAACCAGUCUGGAAGUUACCUGUUGUUCAUGUUGAAAGACUAUGAGCUUCAUCACCAGCACGACCCCCAACUCUGGCCCACACAGGGGUUGGCAGCUUGUAGUGAGCUCAGACUCCACAGCCAGGGCCCAGGUGUGUGCCUGCCUUGAAGGGCUGUAGUUUCUUUUGAGAGCCACACUCCCCAUGACCAAGGUUGCUCUCCUCACACCAGGAACACUGCAGUGGCUGUGGUCACCACCAAAGGGCUCUCAGCAUGGGAUUCGGUGGUUGGGCCUUGGGUGGCUGACCCCUGACCUCAGAACGCAUUCACCUAAGAGGCCAGACAGCCCCUCAUGGCCAGUCCCUCCUCACCAGUGUUCUGCCACAUUCAGCCCAGUGUGUCUGAGGUCGCCAGGUGGGAAUGAGCAUCAUCUGUUGUUCAGGAUCUGUGUGUGUGUCCAGACAGCCUUUCUCCACACCUGCUUUCAGGCCUCCUAAGCACUGGAAGCUUCUAACACCUUCUACUUCUAGGCAGAAGGGCUUACCCGGCAUGUGUGUACAUUGUAAAAAAAAAAAAAAAAAAUUGUACAUCAUCAGAAAUGGGCCCCUGGCCAGACCCCACUCCACCCCAAGGUGGGACAGCACUGUUUUUCCUUUUUAAGAUGUCAGUGAGCACUGUAUCUGCACCUGACUCUGGAGCCUGCUUUCCCAUGAGACUUAAGAAGGAAAAGUGUUUCUGUUUUAUAUUUUUUGGCUUAGGAAUCACCACCUUUAUCUAAAGUGCCAGUUGGGGAAGCAACUCUCUCAUCUGGUUCUUCUCUUCAAGCCUCAGGUGCACGUUCAGCAGCACUGAGACUUUUUUUAUAGCUUAAUAAUGAAAAAGCUGUAUUUAUGAUUAAAUUAUUGAUCAAGUUCUAAAUGUCCAGAGAUUUUUAUUAAAUCUGUGGGGAAGAGUGCAUAUUACAAAUGUGGAAUUCAAUUAUUUUUAUACUAUUCAAGGAUCCAAUUCUUGUUAAAAUAAAAUGUAUACUGUAACUAUAUAA